GAGAAAAGUGCCUGGUAGAGAGAGCAGGUUAGCGAUCCACGUGUCUCGCCUGACAAGGUGCGAUGCCUCAAGUACCUGGACUACGGCAGGUCUUUUCCAACAAGUCGCUACCAGAAGUGCGGAGCAGUGAAGAGGACCUCUCGAGCAAGGUGAAGGGCCUCGAGGAGAAGCUCGAGAGGAUGGCGCAGGACUUCGAGGACGGCUCUGCCAUCCAAGCCGCCUUCGCGGCCGGGCGAGCCCCCAGCACUGGAAUGGACGAUACCUCCUUUGCUCUACCUCGCGGAGGCGUUGGCUUCACCGCUUCCAUGAGGAGCGCUGGUCUUUCAGAAGAGUACGUGGAGGCGCUGAUGUCGAAUCUGGUGGCCUUGGACGGCCUCAACGCGGGGGACCUGGCGCGACGCAUGGAUCGGAUGGAAGGGCUGCUGGAGGAGGUCUUGGAACAUCUGCGAGGCCCUCGUGCUAUGUCUAUGUCUACCGGCUCUUUGUCCUGCGUGUCCGUUCCUAUGCCACCGCCGCAGGAGCCACCGGCGCUGCGGGAGUUGCGAAGUCCAGAGCCAGCGCUGGCAGUGAUCGAGGAGGGUCCCAACUCGGCCAGGAGUGCGGAAGGUCGAUUGCGGAAAGAAAAAGAGGAGAUGGAAGAGCCCUGCGGCAGGCUACUGGAGGUAUCGCUCCAGCGAGAUUCCACUCAGCCGUCCUGGGGCCUGCUGUGGGAUCGGAAGUGUUUCGAGAAAAAGACCCGCGUCAUUGAGGCGGUCGUACCACAAAGUCCGGUGGGGCUUUGGAACCAGGAACGCCAAGACAAGGGCGAAGACUUCCUGCAGCGCGGGGACGAGUUGGUGAAGCUGAACGGCAAGAGCGGCUGGGAGGCGUGCUCAGACUUGUCGAAUUUGAACCAAGUUCAGUUGGUCUUCCGCAGACUCACUGAUCAGGAGAAGCAGCGAAGCCGGCGACAGGCCUCCGGCAGCGAAUGCCGGAGCCAACGGUUCUCGCCAGAGGCCUCAUUGCGCAAAAGGCCAGGAAGCGCAAGCUUCACCAGCUUGCCCCGACAAGCUGUCUCAUCAGGUGCCUCCGGUGCCUCCCUGCCACACAUCCCAGUGCCCGACAUGCCGGAAUUGCCGGCGCGGCCCAGCACCGCGCCAAGCACAGGUCGCCCGGAUGUGAAGGGCCUUCCAGAUCGAGACCAGUCGGAGGUCCAAGUACUGCAGGCGGCCUUGCAAGGUUCGCCAGGUCAGUCAGCUCCUACGCCCACGCCGGAUGUGGGGCCCAAGGAGACGGAGGCGCACGCAGCGGUUUUGGACCGCAUCCUGCAGCACUCUGAGUUCAUCAGGAAGACUGACAAGAGCAAGCCCCAUUUGCAGCAGGGCGCAAAUCCGGAGCAGCUGAAGAAGUUGGCGCUGCACAUCUCGCUGGGGGAGGCGGACAAGGCCUUCCAGCAAGUGCUGCCGCUGCUCCAGAAGAGCCCAGGACCAAGGGAAGAUCGUGAGCCCGUGAGUGUCAAGGAGGCGGGGCAGUUUUUGCUGGACCUGGUGAAGUAUUUGGACUCCGCAAAGGCAAAGGAGCCUUGAGCGUAUGAGCCACAAAUUCAAAGACUCAGCACCUCGGAUGCUGCGCCACGAAUGCGCCACUCGAGACAUACGUUGCCCAUUCCAUCACGCACCGGCGAAUGGUCCGAGUCUGGACACGACCCAGAUACCUAAGACACCUGCAGGGAGUUUGAC